AUGGAAGGAUGGCUUGGAUGCAACCACCAUCACGGGGGGCAACCAACCAAUGGGCUUGGCCGAUUUGCCUGCAUCUCCCCCCCCGUUCUCUCCCCUAUAGACGAUUCCCCAUUGAGCGACAACGAAGACGAGGACCCCCCCCCUGGCCCCCUGCCUAAACCCGAUCCCAUCCCCCCCCCAUCCCCCAUUCCCCCCUCCAAAACAGGGGGGGGGGACCCCCCUAAAAACACCCCUCCCCCCUCAAAACCCCCCCGGAAACGAUCCGGAAACCCCCGGAACUUCCGGAAGUUCCCAUCCCGAUGCCAGGAUUGCGGCAAGGCCCCGGCGUUCCCGAAGCGAGGGAAGUGUCCGGAAUGCGGGGAGCGUUUCCGGUUGGGGUCCCCCAUUCAUCCCAAUGCACCCCAACAUCGCAACGGCGGGGAGAAGGACCCCAAGUGUCCGGAAUGCGGGAAGAGCUUGGGUAAGCAUCGUCGGCUCCCUAUGGAAGAGAAGCCCUACAAGUGUGGGGAGUGCGGGAAGGGUUUCCAUUGGAAUUCCCACUUGGAACGGCACCGGCGCAUCCACACCGGGGAGCGCCCCUAUGGGUGCCCCGAUUGCGGCAAGCGCUUCAGUUGGAGCUCCCAUUUGGAACGGCACCGGCGCAUCCAUGGGGUCCCAUCGGAUGCACCCCAAUCACCGGAGGAGCCAUUCCAAUGCGGGGAAUGCGGGGUUGGCUUCACCAAACGCGCCGCCUUAACCAAGCACCGCCGGACCCAUAGCGACGCCGAUCGGCCCCAUAAGUGUGGGGAGCGCGGGACCCACCGGCGCCGUGGGGCCGGCAAAGCGUUUCCAUGCGGGGAAUGCGGGAAGAGCUUUGCGUGGAGCUCCCAUUUGGACCGGCACCGGCGCAUCCACGGUGGGGAGAAGCCCUAUGGAUGCCGGGAUUGCGGGAAGAGCUUCUCCCAGUAUUCCCAUUUAGAGCGGCACCGGCGUCUCCAUUCAUCAAUGGGUCGGUGCGUUGAGUGCGGUACCACGGAUGCAACCAAACGGACGCGGUUAUGGGGCGGCGACGGGCAACGGCGUCCCUAUGGGGCGAGCCGCGCGUGCGGUGAAUGCGGCGAGAGCAUCACUUAUGGGGCGGGGAGGGUGAAGGACCAAGGGACGCAGACCGGGGACAAGCCCUAUGGAUGCGGGGACUGCGGGAAGAGCUUCGGGCAGAGCUCGGCGUUGGCCAAGCACCGGCGCGUGCACACGGGGGAGAAGCCCCAUAAGUGUGGGGAGUGCGGGAAGAGCUUUGGGGUGCGCUCCAACCUCGUCAAGCACCAACGGACCCAUUUAGGGGACAAGCCCUACAAGUGCGGGGAUUGCGGUAAGGGGUUCAUCCAGAAGUCGGAUCUCACCAAGCACCGCCGCAUGCACACGGGGGAGAAGCCCUACAAGUGUGGGGCGUGCGGGAAGUGCUUCAGCGUCUCCUCCAACCUCAUCAAGCACCAACGCAUCCAUUUGGGGGAGAAGCCCUACCAGUGCUCCCAGUGCGGCAAGAGCUUCAUCCAACGCUCCGAGCUCACCAUCCACCAGCGCGUCCACACCGGGGAGAAGCCCUACAAGUGUGGGGCGUGCGGGAAGUGCUUCAGCCGCAGCUCCCACCUCAACCGCCACCAACGCACCCACAGCGGGGACAAGGCCAAAGCCAACCCCGGCAACGCCGACGCCAACGACGCCGACGCCGCCGCCUUCGCGCCCGUCCCGGCGCUGCCGCCCUUCCCCGGCGCGGUGCCGGGCUUGGAGCUGCCCUGGGCCCUGCCCUUCCCUGCCCGCGCCUUCCCCCAGCCCUGCUGCCCCCCGGCUCCAGCCCCAGGGGCUCAGGCCUCGACCCUCAGCAACUGAGCCC